AUGCAUGUGAAAGCUCAGGAUGAAAGCGAGCCAAAGGCAAGACGUUUGCAGAUGAUCGUGGGACAAACCCAUGGUGGAAUCAUCGGUGGCUCUGCAGGCACAGUAGUUCACCACUACGUGGAUGGCAGCUCUGCCGGUGGAAUCGUUGGUGGUGACAUCGGCACUGCAGGCACAGUAGUUCACCACUACGUGGAUGGCAGCUCUGCCGGUGGAAUCGUUGGUGGUGACAUCGGCACUGGAGGCACAGUAGUUCACCACUAUGUUGAUGGCAGCUCUGCCGGUGGAAUUGUUGGUGGUGAGCAUGUGCACCAUGUGCAUGUGACACACUACACAGUUCCUGCUCCUGUCCCUCAACCUGUGGAGCCGCAAACUCACGUGCACGAAGUUGUGCGCCGCCACUAUGGAACCGUCUACAGGAAAGUGCCAGUGAACCACUACGUCCAUGUGAAGAUGCCCCAGCAGCCUCCCAUCGUCCACACUGUGAAAGUCAUGGCUCCUGCAAAAACAUACUCUUGCAACGGCGUUGGCGAUCAACCAGAUCCAAGCUGGAGUGACAAGCAUACCCGGUGGUGCUGCUACAAGUAUGGCACGUUCUGCCCGAAAACUGUGAUCGACAAGAAUAUCUACCACACGGUCGUCAAGAAGCAGCCGGUGAAGGUACCUGUGCCCGAGCCGAUGCCCACUCAUCCUCCUAUCGUCAAGACCAUUCACCACACCUACCAUGUGCCGAGCCCACCUCGGUAUGUCCAUGUACCGGUGCCUGGACCCACCGUGGUGAAGAACGUGGUGGUGCCGGAAAACGUGCCGGUGCCGGUGCCAGAGCCGCCUCAGGUGAUCAACGUGAAGAAACCCUACACAGUGCAUGUGCCUGGCAAAAACCACUACGUUCAUGUGCCGGUCCCUUCGCCGCCGCACAUCGUGACAAAGUACCACACCCAUUGGAACACGGUGGUGGAUCACGGUGACACCGCGACCUACGACUGUCAUGCUGGCUUUAGCGACUGGCACUCGCUUUGGUCACAUGCCAAGCAACGCUGGUGCUGCAGCAACAAAUUUGUUGGCUGCCCCGGGAGUUGGCAUGGUGCAAUUGCCCACACAACGCACGUGACCCACGUUCACCACAUUCACCACUAUCAUUCAGGCAGCUACCCAGGUGGAUGGCACUCUCAUUCCUGGAGCUCAUCGGAUGGCUACCAUCCCUUGAAGAAAUGA